CAGCACUGGAUGCCCCCCGCCUCCGUGCUGCACCCGGCAGCUGAGAUAACAGCCCCGUGUGUUGGCAGCGAGGAUAUCCAACCUAUCUCCUGCCCAGUGAGGAGGCAGUGGGGAUCCUGGGCUGCAGGCUCAGGGAGAGCAGCCUUCCCUUCUCCCAGCAGGCAUAGGGGGUAGGGUGAAGUGAGCUCCAGGCUGACAUGGUGUCUGGAGCUGGGAUGCUUCCCUGGAAAAUGCUGAGGGGUAACAACUGUGUACCACGCAUGACCCUCAGUGGGGCUGCAGAAGUACUUUCUGCCUUGUGAUGUAGAGGGGAGGGGGAAAAUGUGAUGCUGGUUUCUAAGAAGGGCUGGUAAGAACUUCGGGGAAAAACGGGCUGGUAAUGCUGUUUGUGCUGCCUGCCACAGCAGCCCAGUAAGCUCCUGGGUACACAGCUUUGCAGAACACAUUCAGGUCUUUCAGCCCAGGUUUUAGGGAGGGAAGGUCUUCACAUGGCUCAAACAUUGGUGAAAAACAGGAAGCAGGGCGUAGGAGUAAGUGGUCAGUUUCUGCGGUGGAAGGAGAUCACUGUGUUCAGUCCCAUGCUUUUUCAGCAGUCAUGAGUGACCUGGAAAAGGGAAUGAGCAAUGAGCUGACAGAGUUUGCCUGAUGCUAUCGAAUUACUCAGGUUCGUGAGGACAAAUGCCAGCUAGAGAGAGCACAGAGGAGCGUUACAACAGCAGGCAGCAGGAGGAUGAAAUUCAGUUUAGAUAAGUAUCGAAUGAUAUGCAAAGGGAAGUAAUCGUCCCAAAUCUGCAGACAAGGUUACGCCCUGAGCUGACCACUCGCAGCAAGACCUGGGGUUAUUUCAUAUAGCUCUGUGGGCAGCUAGGGUCAUAAAAACAAGUCGAUUCCCUGAAGAAGAGCCUCUGUCACUCCUCGUGAGCGACAAAGCAGAAACAAAGCAAGAGAGCCUUGUGCCAUCGCCCCAGUCCACCGCUCCUAUUGUGGCCCCACCAUCUCCAAAAGGAUCUGGGAAAAGAUUUGGAGAAAAGCAGCAAGGAGGAUCAAAGGCACAGAGCUGUUUCCCUAUGACUAAGUGAGCUAGAAUUUCUCUGUUUGGAAAACAUGAUGUAGGGUGGCUGGGAUCCGCGCCUGGAGAGAGCCUGGAGAGUCAUGGCUGGCAUGAAAAAGGGGUCCGAUGCGUGUCUAGUGUGAAUCAAGAGCAGGAGCUAGCAGAGCUGCCCGUAGCAAUGCUGUGCCAUGCGGGAGGUUUUUGCCACAGGGUGCUAAAGGGCUCCCAGAUUGCAAAGGAAGUAGAAAAGCUCACGAAGUGAAACCUUCUGUGGGUUAUGAAACAGAACAAGCUGAGGAGCGGAACUGCUUGGAGAUGGGAGAGCAGUCAGGGUGUUGUUAUCCAUGCCUGUGCUGCUCUCAUACUUAAUCGGUGCUGACUUCAGCCCUGUGUUGGACUCUGGUUUGCCACAAGGCAUGGCCCCCACUUUGAGUUGGUCCUGGUCCAGUGAGACAGGCAGCCAUGCAGAUCUGCCUCUUGGGAAAGGCAGCAGGCGUGCUCACAGCUGGCGGUGGAGGUACGUCGGAUGGUGACUACAAAUGAAGAGACUAGACUGGCAUGGCCAGAGCAAGGUAGGGGAGCCUACGUGUUACAGUAAAUUGGUCGAUGAGGAAACUCACUCAGACUCAAGUUGGAGUGUUAGAAAGCAGGCAUUCAUUAUUCUCAGCUCUGGAUGUACAAGGGGAUCUGGCUGGAGGUGGAAUCUUGAAGCUGAAUCCCAGCCACCAGAGUUUCAUGUGACUUGCACGUUUGUCAGGACUGCUCCCUGCCUGCAGGCAAACCCCGCUGGCCCCAGAAUGGGCUAUAAGCCUGGGGAGGCAUCUGGCCCUGCCCUGCCUUGGUGGCACCAGUAGGAACUGUUGAUCACAUCCCUGCAAAGCGAGUAGCAGCAGGAGGGUGCUGAGGUGCUUGCAGCUUGCCUGCAUGUAGCCCCUUCACUGAGGAUGGCAAAGGUGGCAGAAAGGGCUUGGCUUUAACAAGCUGGAGGAGACCCAUUGUAUCCCUACCACCGCCAUGGAACUGCUCCACCACAGGAAGCCGGACAUAUUCUCUGCUUUCCGUCAGCCAGGCAGCAGAGCAGGAGAAGGGCGAUGCGUGAGAAAGGAAAUCUCCGGAGCUGGGUGACAAACUACUGCCUGCAGGCGUGGCUGUCCUGCAGUGCCAGUUUUUCUGCAGAGGUUGGGCGUUUUGUGCCAUGGCUGUCCCUGCUGUGGGUUCUCGGGCAUUGGCCCAACAGUAGGUGUCACGCAGCAUGUGCCUGAGCCUUUGUGCUGAGUAAACGGGCAAUUACAAUUGGGCUCUCCAUUGUUUGAAUGUGGUCAAAGGGGACAGCUGCUGUUUGCUUAGCAGUUCGUGCUCUUUUCUUGCUCCUUCCGUUCACACAUCACUUCCACACUUGCAAUGAACUGCUCCGUGCCUGGGAGUAAGCGGAUGUCCACACGCAGAGGCCUUGAACUGCUCCUCCUUUCCCAUGCCCUCGUGGCAGGGCAGAUGGCUGAGGUCCUUGGAGGUGCUGGGGGCUGAGGAUGCACGGAGCACCAUCCCAUAUCUCUUAUCACGGGGUUGCUCUGGAUUUGUGAUUGUAGAGCUGCUCUCACCUGGUUGGAGCACCGUUGCCACCUGUUGCUUGUGUUGGUUUGUUUGAUCUUUUCUGUUUACUAUAGUGUUGUUUGUAAGAGCUGGCAGCUGGACGUGUUUCCAGCCGUAAUGAGCACUGACCCGCAUGCCCCUUGGCACGGAUUGUCUCUUAGUGGAAAAAAAUUAGAAGGCAUUUAGCAAAGUGAGACAGAAAACAAACAAAGCUGGUAGGAGGCUGCGGCAGGGCAUUGCUGCCAAGGAGGCCGGGCUGUUGAUGAAGCACGGAAGCAGGUGGCGGUGGAAAAGACAGCACCAGGGAAGCACUCCUCAAACCCCAGUCCUGUCCUGCUGGCUCCUGCCUGCUGCUCCAGCACUGUCAUGCCCUGCAUGCUGCUGGCUGCCCGCCGGCUGUGGUACCUGACACCUCUCCCCCCGCCUCCUCUGCAGAUGCUGUCAGGGGCACGUGGCUCUGGCCCCUGUGACCUGAGCACUCCUGAGAAAUGGUGGGGCUGGGAAAGACGGGGGGAAGGCACUGCUUUCAAAUUCACUGGGCAUAGGGUGGGAUCAGUGAUUGCCCUGGCACUGGCCUUUGCGCUUAUGUCUGCGGCAGAGCUCCCUUCUCUGCUCCUCAGGACAGCACUGUCACCCCAGGGAAGAUGGGGGGUGGUCUGGGAGUAGAGCUGGGGCCUUGUGUGGGUGAGGGGUGGCCUGCUGAGGGCCGCAGGGUGCGCUGGAGCUUUCCACCUGUUUCUCAGGGACAACAAGUGGCCCCGGCAGUAUUUCUUCCUAUGGGGAUGACAGUCACGCUCGCAGGCCCCCUGCUAAUCCAGUGCCAGGGAGCAGGCUGCCUCUUGCCUGCAGGGAUGCUGGCAGGCUGCCAGGAGGGGAUUUUCAGGAGGGGAUUUUACUGCACUUUCUCUGGAAGCAUUGGUGGCUCACAAGGGCAAACGGGAGCUGUCUCAGUCUACAUGGGAAGACAGGAAGCCGUGCUGCAUCAGGCUGCUGGGACUGUGGGUACGCUGUGCUGCCAUGCCAUGCACAACCUACAGGACUGCACUACCCCUUGCCACCUUCCUCAGCAAGGCAGUUGAUAUGAAGGAUGUGAGCCGUGCCUGGAAGCACACGCGCUCCUCCGUUGCCUUUAAUGUGGGCUGAGCCUUGCUCGAACUACAGAUCCCAGCAUGCUGCUUUCUGCCGGCCCCGUGGCCGUCCUACCUGGCAGGCAGGCUGCUGCUGGCAGGCAGGGAUGCUGCAGCCCACAGCCGCGCAGGAGAGGAGGGAGGCCGAGCAGGCGGCUGAGGGAGGGCACGGUGCGGGGGGUUGAGCACGUGGAGCCCUGCUGCAAUUGCUUGGAGAAGUGGAUGAAUGCCCCAUGCUGCGCUGUCCUGAGGGGAAAACAACGAGGCAGGCCUGUGGCUUCUGCGGGGGGCUGAUUCUGCUAUGCCUGAGGGAGAGCCACCACAAGACUUGCUGGGACCCGUGCUGACCCUCACCACGCACAAUGACAACAAGAGAUGGACCACAGGACAGGUACAAGGCUGUCUGGUUGAUCUUCUUCAUCCUCGGCCUGGGAACGCUGCUGCCAUGGAAUUUCUUCAUGACUGCCAGGCAGUAUUUCAUCGACCGCUUGGCAGACCCACAGAACACAAGCUGCCUCUCAAACCAGACCAGCAUGGGCACUGCCUCAGAACUCUCCUACCUGCAGUCUAUGUUUGACAACUUCAUGACUCUCUGCUCCAUGGUGCCCCUCCUCAUCUUCACCUGCCUCAACUCCUUCAUCCAUCAGCGGAUUCCCCAGCAGAUCCGCAUCUCGGGCAGCCUGGUGGCCAUUGGGCUGGUGUUCUUAAUCACUGCAAUUAUGGUGAAGGUCACCAUGGAGCCUCUUCCCUUUUUUGUCUUCACCAUGAUCAGCAUUGUCUUCAUCAACUCCUUUGGUGCCAUGCUGCAGAGCAGCCUCUUUGGUCUGGCCGGCCUCCUGCCUGCCAGCUACACAGCUCCCAUCAUGAGUGGGCAGGGUUUGGCAGGCAUCUUCGCAGCUUUGGCAAUGAUAAUCAGUAUCAGCAUUGGUGCUCAGCAACCAGAGAGUUACAUUGGUUACUUCACCACGGCUUGUGUGGCGAUUCUGCUGGCUGUCGUCUCCUACAUCCUUCUACCUCGCAUGGAUUUCUUCCGGUACUACUCCAUGAAGGACAAGACAGAGUACCGUGUGUACAACGCAGAGCUGGAGACCAAGAGAGACCUGAUUAAGAAAGAUGAGCCCAACGGGAUGGAGCAGAAUAACUCAAAGAUCAUCCCUGUCCACAACCCGGAUGAGAAGCCCUCGGUCAUCUCCAUUUUUAAGAAGCUCUGGGUCAUGGCAGUGUCUGUCUGCUUAGUCUUCACCGUCACCAUUGGGGUCUUUCCUUCCAUCACAGCUAAGGUAUCCACUACCCUUGGAAAGGAAAACAAAUGGGAUCUCUACUUCAUCUCAGUCUCCUGCUUCCUGAUAUUUAAUGUCUUUGACUGGAUGGGACGGAGUCUGACUGCUCUCUUCACAUGGCCUGGGAAGGACAGCUGCCUCUUGCCGGUGAUGGUGGUCUUACGUGUCAUCUUCAUCCCCCUUUUCAUGCUGUGCAAUGUGCAACCCCGAAACCACCUGCCCGUCAUAUUCUCUCACGAUGCCUGGUACAUCAUCUUCAUGAUCUUCUUCUCCAUCUCCAAUGGCUACCUGGCCAGCCUUUGCAUGUGCUUCGGGCCCAAGAAAGUACUUGCCCACGAAGCAGAGACAGCUGGAGCAGUCAUGGCCUUUUUCCUGACACUGGGCUUGGCCCUAGGAGCCGCUGUCUCUUUCCUGUUCCAAAUUCUCAUCUAGCAGAGGCACCCAGAGGGUGCAGGCAUACUAAGAUGGCUCCGCAUCCUCCUCCGAGGCCCUGGACACCUCUGUGCUGUGGGGUGAUAACACCUCACUCCUGCCCCUGCCAAAUCACGCUGCCACAGCAGAUGUUCCAUCCAGGGACGGUUCCACUCUUCCAGGGUUGGUGUGGCUCCUGCCAUGCCUGGCUGUGUGAUGCCUUCAGGCCUAUGUGCCUUUGCCUUCCCCGUGUUGUGUGUAAAAUUCCCAGGACCUCACUGAGGUCCAUCUGCCUCCUGUGACACAGAAGUUCCCCAGCUCAAGGCCGAAAGCCAUUGCAAGCCUCCUCCUCUCCGCCAGGCAGAGCUGAAGGCUGGUAUCCAGUGUUACUCCCCCUCCUGCUCUUAUUGCAGGCAUCCUCUCCCUCCCCUCAUCCUACACUGCAGCUUUUCUCCUACUGGAGACACUUGCAGAUAGGGAAAACCCCAGCCGGCCUCGCCAGCCCCACACUGCCACACCCUGGGCCGCUGGGUUUGAAGGGCGAGAGAUAUCCGUGUCCCGUCCACGCCAAGAGCCAGCACCGCGGCUCAGCAGAUGAAGAGCUGUGCACCCUUUGCUUCUCCCUGCCCCCCGCGUUCAGCCCCCACAUAACCGGUUGCUCAUUCUGCCUUUGUUCGCUCUCCUCCCCCCGCAGGAGGAAGGCGGCGGUUCCCGGCUGCGGCAGUCCCGGCCUGCCCCCGGCUGCCCCCCGCGCUCUGUAAAUGUAUCUGUAAAUGUACAGUUGCCUUUUUCUAUAAAAAGACUGAAACGUG